CCUUGGAGGGGCGGACUCAGGAUAAAGAGUCUGAAGCGGACCUUGGAAGAGUCAGAAGCAUAUCCGGUGUUUAAAGAGCUUUGUGGGCUCCGAAGAGGCGAUUGAGAAGUGUGAAGGCCGCAUCCCACAGACUCUGGCAUCAUGAAUAUAUUUGAUCGGAAGAUCAACUUUGACACGCUCUUAAAAUUUUCCCAUAUAACCCCCUCGACACAGCAGCACCUGAAGAAGGUCUACGCCAGUUUUGCCCUAUGUAUGUUUGUGGCAGCUGCGGGGGCCUAUGUCCAUGUGGUCACUCAUUUCAUUCAGGCUGGCCUGCUGUCUGCCCUGGGCUCCCUGGGAUUGAUGAUCUGGCUGAUGGCCACACCACACAGCCGCGAGACCGAGCAGAAGAGACUGGGGCUUCUUGUUGGAUUUGCUUUCCUUACAGGAGUUGGCCUGGGCCCUGCUCUGGAGUUGUGCAUUGACAUCAACCCCAGCAUCCUCCCCACGGCCUUCAUAGGCACAGCGAUGAUCUUCACCUGCUUCACCCUCAGCGCGCUCUACGCCAGGCGCCGUAGUUACCUCUUUUUGGGGGGUACCUUGAUGUCAGCCAUGAGUCUGAUGCUUUUGUCUUCCCUGGGGAACCUGUUCUUUGGAUCCAUUUGGCUUCUCCAGGCAAACCUGUACUUGGGGCUGCUGGUCAUGUGUGGCUUUGUCCUUUUUGAUACUCAACUCAUUAUUGAAAAGGCUGAAAAUGGAGAUAAGGACUAUAUCUGGCACUGCAUUGACCUCUUCUUGGACUUCGUCACUCUCUUCAGAAAACUCAUGAUGAUCCUGGCUUUGAAUGAGAAGGACCAGAAGAAAGAGAAGAAGUAAAAUGACCACCCAGCCUUUUCCGUUCGGCUUCCUCUCCCUCCACCCCCUCCUUUUCUCUCUGCACACAUUACACGUGGUGUGAUCUCUGAUAAUGAAAAGCAUCAGAAAAGCUUUUGUACUUUGUGGUUUUCUCUAUUUUGAAUUUUUUGAUCAAAAAACUGAUUAGCAGAACAAGUUUGGAGUUUGGCUUCGUAUUCCUAGAGUUCUUCCCCAUUCUUUUCUCUCAUCCCCAUCCCUAGCUUCUUUCUCUGCUGAGGCAGCCAGUCCAUCGUGAUGAGUGAGGCCGCACAGGGAGACGACGCCAGGAGGCUGCUUUGGGACCAGGCUGCGCCGGGUGGAUCUGCAUUGCUGGGUAGAGGCGCCUCGGCCCUUCCUCGGUGCUGGUUGGUCGGUGCACAGUCCCUGCGGCGCAGGCGGUGUUUUCCUUUGGAAAGAAGUUUGCUGGUCCUGUCGUUAUGCAGGCUUAGUCUGUCUGAGCUGUCAGCCCCACAGAGGAAAGGAAGAGCCUCUUCUGGUGGGCGCUUUGCUUCCGAGCUGCCCAAGUGGCUGCUAGUCUGACAAACACUGUCUGCUUCGCCAUCACAAAAGGAAUGUGGAUCUGUAUGUGUUCUCCUCCCUACUCUUUCCUGUCUCGUGUCUGACCCUCACGGAAUCCGCCUGCCUGCCAUCCCUGGGGUGGGAGUGGUUCAGCCCAAAGGGAAGACUAAUUCUUGUUGGCACUUAAAAAAAAAAAAGGCUGAUGGUGUAUGGCAUGGUAGAGCCUAGAAUUCCCAGAUUUCCCCAUGUCUUUAUUUUUUAUUGGUUAUCACCUAAGUUACUGAGUGGCCCCUACCAGGUGGCUGUGAUUAAACAUCCCGGAGAGGAAGAUCAGGGGAAGAGAAUGGCCAAGCCUCUGACUGGUAAUUGUAACUAAUCCUGCCAGACAAACUUGUUGGGACAAAAUCUCUACUGAGUGGUUCUUUGUUCAGAUCAACAGUACGGGGCUGUGAUGGCUUGUGGGGCAGCAUUCACACCUGUCCUUUGGUGCAUUUUUGUUAUCUCCCAUCUGGUAAUGUCCUUCCUGAUAGUAGUUAUUGUCAAGCCUGAAACUUGGGGCAGGAAAUAAAUGUUUAUUUUAUACAUGCAUUUUAGUUUUGGCUCUACACCUGUUCUCUGUAAUUCUGCAGCCUUCCUGGCAGGGUCCAGGUGACCAAGCCUGCAAGAUACCGAAUUCUCUGCAGCUUUGUGGUUGCAAAUGGAGGGAGAGUAGUGCUGGUGGGGACCACCAGCUCCUCCAUGGGCUGCACAGUCAGCUGGCCCAGAUGGAUGGUGCUUGGUAGCACCUGUGGCUCUGGCUACUCACAGGGCUGCAGUGAAGGGGGGACAGCCACGGAAAGGGUACUGCCCAUAGGACACCGUUUUUGGCUCUGCCUGUUUGCACCCAGCACACAGUUUGACCCAGUGACUACUGAUUUGCAGUGCACCAUCUCGGGAAAAGAUUUGUUCCCAGGUUGUGGUUCCUGAGUGGUGUGCCACCUGGAUGGCUCACUGCCCCAGAGGUGCUGCCCUCUGAGCUGCUGCCUCCAGCUUCUGGCUUGAAAACGUGCUAGGACCCCCUUCCCACUAACACCCCCCUUUACAAUGCCCUGCGUUUGUUGAUUCUUUGUUAGGCCUGGGAAUCCCAGUUCCAUCUCUCGAAGCCAAACUCCACCUCUUGUGCUUUUUUUUUUUUUGCUUGGGUUAAAGGAGUUUUUCUUUAGAAACAGUGCCAAGAAUGAUGAGAUACAAAAAAAUUACUUUUAAAGAAAAUGUCUAACAGGUUUUUAAAACAGUAAUCACUGUAAUUAUCACUUUCUUUUCUAGUUCCCUGCUUUUAAGCUCAGGCUGCGUUCUCUAACAUACUGUGAAGAAGAAGGUGUUUUUGAUCAGAAAUAUAUGAAAUCUACAUAGUCUUAAUUUGUAAAAAAAAUAAUAAUAAUAAUAAAGAAAAUUCCUUAACCUUU